AUUGACUUUUCUUGUCAGGUCGCAAAAGUGGAAUCAUGUGACCCUGGGACCAUCAUAAACAUGAACCAGCUGCCGAGCAUCUGAAUUUUGAUCGGGUGACCAUGGGGAUGCUGCAAAGCGAUGGAUGAAUUGGCUGUCUCCUCUGGAAAGGACUUCACUGACCACCCUUCUGACAGUCUUCUGGAACCAUCAGAAGAUCCUAACUCAUCUUUGACUGAAGAAUCAUCUUCUAAUAUCAACCCUCCCUGUCGUUUUUUCUUGGAGGGACGCUGCCAUUUUGGUGCCCGCUGCCAAAACUAUCAUCCUGGUGAUGUUGGUGAGGUUCACCAUUUAAAAGAUCCUGAACCUGUCCAUGUUCCUUCCUUGCAGCUCACAGAAGGUAAGAAACCUGCCAUGAAAACAGCUGAGGAUGUCAUUUCCCGACUCCUCUGGGAUACACAGGUACCUGCUGAACAGUUUUCUAUCGGCUACCUUGACCGGUUCUUGGGGAUCUUGGAGGAAUCUUUUACUUCUUUCUCGUGGGAGGAUCUAGCUUCAGUUGGCCCUGGUGUAUUGGCUAUUCCUAAACAUAGGAUCCAGUAUUUGAAAUACAGAGACCGUGUGGUUUGGGACAAAGUCAGUCGCACCGAUGAAAUUUUUGGGUCCACCGGAAGUGGGAAAACCAUCUUAGAAGUGAUGAAGGAAGAAGACACCCAAGCUAAGAAGGAACUAUCGGGUCUUCCAAAUAGCCUCCAAGUUGAAGAAGAGGUAGAUAGGGAUUCAGCCAAAGAGAAAGAGUUGAACCGGACAAGUAGUGGACAGAAGUUAGUGAUGGCUUUAGGGGAAGCGGGGGAUAAUUUGGAGUUGGUUGAAGACAUGUCCAUUGACCAAGAAAGAAAUGUAGCCAGCAAAGAAAAGGAAAGAGAGACAGUCGGCUCAGUUAAAUGUGAAGAAUUCAAACAUGCUUGUGCUGUCGGAAUAGAAAAUGAACCUGUGAUGGUGAAGAGAGAAAACGUGGAUUUGGAAAAGAGGGGUGGGAGGAGCUUCUCCUAUCCGAAGGAGCGCCCCACCCAUUUCAUAGCUAUUCCUAUCAUCAGCCCAGAAAUCCGGGAAGCUGUGAAAAAUUUCCAGGAGGCUCUAUGUGCUAUCAGCUCAGAUUACGCUCCCUUCUGUGUGCCCAGACCUACAUUGCACAUUACGCUUUGCCUGUUGCACUUGGAUACCCCUGAAGAAAUCCACAAAGCGAUGAUGGCUCUGAAAGAACUUCAGGCUGGUUAUCAGCGACUGCUGCCCCCAGUUUUGCUUCUCUCCUUCCGCAACGUGGAGUCUUUUAAUUCACGGGUUUUGUACUUGGCACCAGACCCUGUACCCCAACUGGGAGCCCUGGCUCAAAGUCUGGAAGACGCCUUUACUAAAAAGGGCUUGACUGUGAUUUGCCCUCCCUCCAAAGGCAAAUUUCAUUUGACUGUCGUGAAAAUUCCUCCUAGGAAGGGAAUGCCACAGCUCCCAUCAGGUUUGGCUUGGGCUCCUAAGAUGGAGGAUUUAGGAGUCCAGGCAGUAGAGUCCAUAGGUUUGUAUGAGGUAGGAAAAGGCAAAAGAACUGAUAAUGUGUACAUCAGCAUACUGAAAUUGGAUUUAUAUGGAGGAAGUGGAACUUAGUGGGAGAUACCUUCCAAAUGAACGUUUACUCUUAACUGUGGGCAAGGCUGGGCAACUUGAAACUGUGAACUUCAACUCCCAGAAUUCCCCAGCAGCAUCUCUUUGGAACACUUUCACUAAACACUAAUGGAAAAGUUGAUCGAAAUGGGGCAGAAAAAACAAGAACAGGAACAUUAUGAUAAGUUAUAAUUUUUGCCUUGCUUGAUUUAAACAGAUUAAUAAUGCGCAAUAAAAACAUAUUUUUAC